AGCGCCCACCCCCGCCUGCCAGCAUCCUGCCUCCCGCUGCCACCACCCCCCCUCCCCCAGGAAGAGACGGCAGAGGGGCCGGGACCCAGCAAUGGUGCUCGCUGCCCCGACGGCCCCCGCAGCUCCUCCGCCCCUCCCGGCUUCCUGCAGCGGCUCCGCACCUGCUGACAGCGGCCGCCGCCCCGGGGAAGGAGCUCCGAGCGCCUCCCGGAGCUAAGAGCCGCCGUCUCCAGCCAGGUCAACUAGAAGACUUUUGAAAAUUAUCCACUUUCUGAUGUUCAUAGUAAACCAUGGCGACUGAUGACAAAGUUGCCAUUUUGACUGAUGAUGAAGAGGAGCAGAAGAGAAAGUAUGUUCUUGCUGAUCCUUUUAAUGGUAUUUCCAGGGAACCAGACCAGCAACCUGCAAAUGAAACCCCUUCCUCAACAGAAACUUCCACUAUCCCAGAAGAAGAAAUAGACUGGAUCGAGAAACACUGUGUUAAAAUAAACAACGAUCUUCUUAUUUCAAAGGUCUUUUAUUUUUUCUUUUACUCUGCAUAUGGCUCUCUUUAUCCACUUUUACCUGUGUACUAUAAACAGCUGGGCAUGUCACCCAGUCAGAGUGGACUAUUAGUGGGCAUUAGAUAUUUCAUUGAAUUCUGCAGUGCCCCCUUUUGGGGUGUAGUUGCUGACCGCUUUAGGAAGGGCAAAAUUGUCCUCCUCUUUUCACUUUUAUGUUGGGUUUUAUUCAAUCUUGGCAUAGGAUUUGUCAAACCAGCUACCUUGAGAUGUGUACCAAAGAGCCCACCUACAGUGCAUCCCACCAACGGGAGCCAUCUUUUAACUACUAUUCCACCAAAUUCUUCAGUCAUCCCUCCCCUUACCAUAGUCCAUGCCACACCACCAAAAGCUCUGGAGAAAAGGAAUUCACUUGCUGAUUUGAUGUUAGAAAAUGAGUUAACCAGCCCUGGACUUGUUUCUCCUUCCCCAGCUGAUGACACAGCAGUCAUAGUUACUGUUAAGACUCCAACAGCUCUAACUACUAACAGUUCUAUGCUCUUAAUCCAGAACAUAAGCACGACAAUGAUUCCCACUGUAGCUGGUAAUCUCACCAAAGUGACGGCCACCCCUUCUCUCACCACCAAAGUAUCACCAUCGGACCAGCGUACUCUUGUUUAUGAUCAGCAAGAAGUAGAAGCGAUAUUUUUGGUGAUCCUGUUGGUUGUCAUCAUAGGAGAGUUUUUUAGUGCAUCCUCUGUCACCAUUGUGGACACAGUCACACUACAGUAUCUGGGAAAACACAGGGAUCGAUAUGGAUUACAACGCAUGUGGGGUUCUCUGGGCUGGGGAUUGGCCAUGCUCUCAGUGGGAAUAGGUAUUGAUUACACUCACAUAGAUGUUCUAAUUGAUGGCCAAGGGUGUAAGCCCCCUGAGUACAGGAACUACCAGAUAGUCUUCAUCGUUUUUGGGGUCCUGAUGACCAUGGCUUUGAUAGUGGCUACUCAGUUCCGCUUCCGCUACAGCCAUUUCAAAAGUAAUAACAACAAAGGGAAAGAGGUGGAAAUCCCUCAGGUGGAGAGAAACAAUUCUACGGAAUCCUCUGAAGACACACCGACCAGCUCCAGUCAGUCUCAAGCAUUCAGUUUUUGGGACCUGAUUAAGCUGCUUUGCAGUGUACAGUAUGGCUCAGUGUUGUUUGUGGCAUGGUUUAUGGGUUUUGGCUAUGGAUUUGUAUUCACUUUCCUCUACUGGCAUUUGGAAGACCUCAAUGGCUCAACAACCCUAUUUGGUGUCUGCUCUGUCCUGAGUCAUGUUUCGGAACUGACUGCUUAUUUCUUUAGUCACAAGCUUAUUGAACUCAUUGGCCACAUCAGGGUUCUGUAUAUUGGCCUGGCCUGCAACACAGCUCGUUAUAUUUAUAUCUCCUAUUUGGAAAAUGCUUGGACUGUUCUCCCAAUGGAAGUCCUUCAAGGUGUGACCCACGCGGCUAUCUGGGCUGCCUGCAUUUCCUAUCUCAGUGCGGCUGUGCCUCCAGAAUUGAGGACAUCAGCGCAGGGAAUCCUUCAGGGACUUCAUCUGGGUUUGGGAAGAGGAUGCGGAGCAAUGAUUGGUGGAGUUUUAGUCAAUUACUUUGGUGCUGCUGCAACUUUCAGAGGGAUUGGAAUGGCCUGCCUAGUGAUCCUCUUGCUCUUUGCCCUGAUACAGUGGCUUGCGGUCCCAGAUGAGGAAGAAGAUAAGACAAUGCUAGCAGAGAGGAUCCCUGUUCCUUCCAGUCCGGUCCCCAUAGCAACUAUUGACUUGGUGCAGCAGCAGACAGAAGAUAUCAUGCCUCGCCUUGAACCCAGACUUCCUCCCAAGAAAACCAAACACCAGGAAGAACAGGAAGAUGUGAACAAGCCUGCGUGGGGGGUCAGCUCCUCUCCAUGGGUCACUUUUGUCUAUGCGCUUUAUCAAAUUAAAGAGAUGAUACAACUAACCAGAACUAGCCGGGCCUCUGAGAUUCAGCCCUUACAGGGGACCAGUGAGAAUCAGGGAACUUCAGCACCCUGCACAGCAAGGCAUUCCCCAAGUGUGACUAACUCUGACCUGUCGGGAGAUGGGCCACCUCCCGAAGCAACAUCCCAGACCAACCCCGCUUCCCCUGUUGCAGGUCACUUCCCCAAGGAUGAUCAUGCUCAUCUUGCUGCAUCCUCUGUAGUGGAACACCUUCCCAAGGAUAGUCACCCUCAACCCACUACUAGCACACACUGAGACAAAGCCCUCUCAUUUUACAUGUUACAUAGAAGGAACUCUGGGCCUCUGUUAAGAAGUUCAGAACCUGGGACUCUAUUCAUCUUAAAGAUUAUAAUACAAUGCAACACAUGCUUUUAAAUGUUUAAAAUCAUUAACAUGAAAAUGCAUAUUAACUACAGUACAUAUUCGCAAGGAAAUUUAAUCUCGUUGAGAGAUUAUGGAAUGAAAAGAAAUAACAGAGAGAAUGCUCAGCUCUUUUGCUAAAGUUUGGUUAUGUCACAAGAUUUCUUUGCCAAGUCGUGAAGAAUUGAAACCAGCAGUUACGUUAGAGGAGGGAAAGUGUUUCAAGUUGUUUGCUGUUAUAAUUUAUCCCUUCUGUGAUCAGUUAUUUGAAUUUUGUUUCAUUUUUACUGAAAAAAAAAGGAAUAGGAUAUGAUGCAAUUAAUUUAUUUUUUCUCUUAAGGAGAAACAUCAUGACAGAAAAUGAUGUGAAAUACUAAAGAAGAAACCAGGUGAAAAUUAGUAACGUAGAAGUUCUUUUGUAAAAAAGAAUAUAAGAAAGGGAAAAAAGUCUCACCAGACACUUUGAAUAUGUUUAGCUAAUAUAUUUUUCUAGGUGGAUAGUGUAUAAAGUAAUAGUCAAAUUGUUGAGAAGUAAAGUUGCAGCAUUGGCUGCUGCAAGUUAAAUUGAGCUUUAAAAAACAUUAUUCUAUUUUAUUUUAUUUCUUUGGAAAUGGGCUUUAAGAAAGACCAGAAAUGAGGGAUUAUUUCAAAUAAACCAAUUCAGUAUGCUGUAGCUUAUUAGACAAGGGUUAUUAGGUAGGUUUCUAAUGUAAACUAGCCCUUCUCACUGUUUACAAAGGCCCUAAUUAACUGAUGCAAUUUCAAAAAAUUCAUCUAAUUUCCUAAGGGGUUCUUUAAUUAAGCAGUACUGUGGAGGCUAUUUAUAAAAGACAGUAGGAAAUUAAGUGCCUGGGGUGAGGUAAAAUUAGUAAGAAAUUAUUAUAUCAUGUUUUUUUGGGUGUUUGUGGAUACCUUCCCCACUCCCUUUGGUGGAGGGAGGGAAUAGGGAAUGAGGAGCAAAAAGGAAGGAAAUGAAAGUAACACAUUUCCCCCAACCUAGGGAAACAAAGUCACAGUACAUUUUUACAGUCUAGACAUAGUCAGACACUGGCAGGUUCAGACAUAGGUAUUUGCACCUUCAGACAUUCCCACCUCUCCUGCCAGAACUCAAGCUGAAUGAAUACCCCUAACCUAGAUUGCUGCUAGAGAGGCAGGCUAUAAAGCUAGCAGCCCGCCUUUGAGGGAGGAGGUGGAAGACACUGUUGUAAAUAAAAGUUAGCGAUGUUUGACGUUGGGCCUUUCUCACAGACAAAUCAGCCCUGAGUUCAGCACAGGAGUAUAGACAGAGAGAAGGAACAGACUUCAAAAUGACACAUUCCACCCUCUGGUCCUCUGGUGUAACUGUUAAGUCUGGGGGGGUCUUCCAUAACCUCCUGCCCAGGACUGCAUGGGAGGAGGGGGGAGUCUGCCCUUGAAUGUCUGGCUUCACAGUGAAACACAGCAUUAAAAGCUAAAUAACUGCAAGAAAUAGAACUAGCCACUAGUUAUUUUUGCACUUGAAAAAACGUACUGUACUGUAAAUGAUCAUGACUCAUUUUAAGUGACCUUUAAAAUCAGAUAUAUUUAUUGUGUUUAUAUAAUUAUGGAAAUGAAGAAAUAGGUGAUGGGCUGCCCCUCACCUCUGAAUGUACAGUUUGUGGACUGUCAUACUGUAGGAAGUCUAUAGCUUAUACUGUAUUCUGUGUUUACACUUCUGAUUUAUUCCUUUGAAACGCCUGCUGUUUUGGAAAUGCACCAUUGACAUGUUGGAAAAAUAAAAAUAAAUGCACAUUUUUAAAAUA